AAAUAGUGGGACAUUAUCAAACCAGAAAUCGAAAGCAUCCCCAGUCAUCCUUUCUGGAUGACAACAAUAGUGCUCUCAGUGCUCGUAAUGUUGAUCGAGCCGGUUCUACAAGUGUAUUUCAUCCUCGUUGUAAAUAGUUUGCGACGGAGAAUCAUGAUGGAGAUCCGAAUCGGAUUCAAUUCCGACCGACAAACGAUUCAACCUGAGAACCAAGGUCCUUGGAAAUGGAUGGGGAAAAGUCCACGACCAGGAUUGCACGCAUGAGGACUGAAAUAUAUCACGGAACCUCUCUACGUUUUAGGGCCGUCGUAUUCUUAGGGCAUUAUUUGUAUGUCACCAAAAGAUAUCAACGUGGAGCCUUUUGUUUGAUCGUUUGAAGUUAAGAUAAGGGAAGCUGUGCAUCUGAAUAUCUACUAGUGACAUGUGUGAAUGUUGAGAAUGUUUAAAUUUAGUUAUUUCUUGCUUCUUUGGCUAUUGCUGGUGACUGACAUUGAAUGCAGACUUGAAGAGUCUUAUGUGAGAAUUCAGCAUGAGCCUCGAGGGUUGAAGAUUGUGACCUUGAUGGACUUUGAACGCUUGGUCAAUCUCAAUUUAGAUAAUGAAGGCCAACUUCUAAGCUGCUCAGUGGAGAAAAGAAAUCAAAAAGCCAUGGAAACCUUCAGACUAGAGUUUGAGGAACGAAGUGGAGGAGUUGACAUUGAAUAUAAAAAAUUGGUACUGGAUGUCCCAAGAUAUGGCCGAGAGUGUACCAGAUUCAUGCAAAAAGCAAAAAGAAGCUUGCCAGAAGAUAGUGCGAUUCUUCGGACCUUUAAAAAGAAAUUGUCCAUCCUAAGAACGAGCUAUCCAGGCACCAAAUUUUGCACUCUUGGUUAUCCCCGGUAUAACACUAACUUAGAAUAUGAAGACCUCUCAGCCAUAGAUAUCUGUUGCAAGGAAAUGCUAAGAUGCCCAAUUAUUAUGAGCCCAUUUGAGUACCUGUUCCUUCAUCUCAAUGUGUAUGACUAUCAUAUGGUUUCCUGUCCUUGCCUUGCCAAAUUCCGUGAGUGUAUAACCACCUUAGAAAAAGAAGAUGACAAUGACGCCAAAAACGUACGCGAACUUGUAUUUGAUGUUUUGGGGGCCAAAUGUUUGGAGCUCACGAAAGUGGAUGUGUGCACCAAAUAUGACCAAUGGUUCACCACAUGCGAAGAAGCGGAUACUGAACAUUUGCUCGUAACCAAGAAUUUGGAAUAGACUGUUUGAAAAUGGC